CAACAGCUCACGAAGAAUAUAAUACAUUCUAAAGAAGCGAUAGUCGAGUUGAUAUCAAAAGUACGGAAUACACCGGAACGUAACGGAAUAGCCUUUCAUACAGCAUAGGUACACUCGACCAUGCCACAUCCACGUCAGAAAGGUUUGAAGAUGAUUCAUUUGACUGUCCCGCCCCAGCCGCUCAUUGAUUAUUAUGGUUGAGUUGGGUAAAACAGAUCCCCCUCGACCCCCAAUAGCCCAUAGCCCGUAGGUAUUCUUGGCACGCUAAUGCCUAACGAAUCGCGCUGAACUUGGCGAGACCUCGAGAAAAGAUGCUCUGUACAUGACUCUGUUCGUCUUAUACCCUACACACCAGUAAGGAGACAAGGGAGGUUAUUGAUUCUCCCGGUUUACUGUGCCAAGUUACCAAAGCCGGACCAAGACUUGAUCCUGCAGCCUUUACAUGUAAUAAUACCGGGCCUAGUUGAACAUUUGAUAUGGCGAAUGAGGUACGACGCGGCGUCGCUAGACCGCGACUGUAUCAUACCAAGUCGAGGACCGGGUGUGCGCGUUGUCGUUCCCGCAGAGUGAAGUGCGACGAAACCCGACCCGUCUGUCAUAAUUGCCAUCGGCACAACGUCAGCUGUGAGUAUGAUCGAGUACCCAAUGCGAACAUGUGUGUCUUGGGUGUAUCGUUGCCCUCGUCUCCACCCAGCAGCACCAGCAGCCGUAGCACAAGACCAUCAACACCAGCGCUGGCGCCAAACACGGCAUUCCCGGGCCAGGAGGUUGCAACAGCGCAACAUGAGUAUUGGAAGCUACGCGUGUUCCAUCACUUCGCCGUCGCCACUAGCGGUACGCUUGCCGGCAGUCAUAUCCCCGCCGUGAAAGACUGCUGGUCGUCGCAGGUCCCAAUCCUAGCGCUCGACCACAGAUCACUUCUCAAUGCGAUCUUGGCCAUCUCUGCUCUUCAUCUCAUAUCAUCGGGACACAGCGACCAUGAGCUCAGGUCUUUUCGGGCCAUGUCCCUUAACGUAGCCCUCGAGGCACAUCGGGAAGCGCUGAGCCUGGUACGUAAGCAGGAAACAGCCGAUGCCGCCUGUUUCACCUCCAUAUUGCUACUCGUCGACGCUUUUGCCUCCCUGCGUCAUCGUCCACUUGACAAUACAUACCAGCCGCCCAUGCAGUGGCUGCGACUCACCCACGGCGUGCGCUGUGUUAUCGAGGCCUUAUCCUCGCUAGUCCAAACUACCGGGGUGAAGUCCCCGGCAAGUAUUAUGCCUAUUAUAACAUCUUUUUCACAGGACCGAUACCUGUCAGGCCGGGAUAGCACUGGCCGUUUCUCUCACUUGCUUCAGCCCUUGCCUGAUGAGACACCAUUCUCUCGUGAGACCCUCGAUGCAUAUCGCGAGGCCGUCAAUCUCCUUGACUCGAUCGAGGCGGCCGCCGAGUCGAGGGAACCAGCACGUGCUAUUAGUCGAGGGCUGAUGUCUUUUGCCUGCCUCGUCCCAGCGCAAUUUCUGCAACUGGUGGAAACGAAUGAGCCGCGUGCUUUGGUCAUUCUCGCCCAUCUGUUCGCGCUGUGCGCGCAUGCUAGGGACCUGUGGUGGGUGGGCGACACACCAUACCGUGAGGUCAUCGCUAUAGGAGAUUAUCUACCGCUUACAAUGAAAUCCCUCGUCGAGUGGCCGCAAAAAUUGGUCACUCAAAUAUACAUCUUAGAUAAAUCUUAGGUGCUAUACUAUUAUCAUGCAUCCUCAUGCAGCUUCCCCGCGCUUCCAACACUAGCCCUACCAACAGCACUUGCGUCAAGGUCAGCAACGGCACCUGCUUCACUUGUCUUGCUGUUCCAGGGUUUCGGUGCUAUAUCUCAAGUAGGCAGUGAAAAUGCCGGGUGUAU